AUGGCUUUGGCAAAGCCUGGUGACCUCCGAGGCUCUGCUGUGCUUCACGACAUUGUCAGCUACUCGUUGCGGGAUAAACGAUGGAAGAUCCUGGUCGCUUUGAAGUAUACUCGCAUUCCAUACCACGAGUCGGCUGUGCUCGAUCGUAAACACGCUGCGGAUCCGCGCGUGAAGAUGCUUGCCAUGAAGACGCGAAGCUUAGCCUUUCUGCUUCGUACCAAGGCCCGCUUUCUUGAAGAAUUUACACCAGGGCCCAUAGAGCCGGCUCUGAUCCUGUGCCUCAUCUACGGUGUAGCCCAGCUGUGUUCCUGA